ACAAACUCCAUUAAUAUAAAAUCUCUUCUCUUCAAUAUCCCCAUUUUCAUUGGACCAACUCACUACCAGUUCACCAUUGUUGAAUUCAAUUACUUAACACUGUCUCCAAAAAGUUACAAAAAUUCUUCACAAAAAUAUCUGUGUAGAAUUGGACCCCACCUGUUCUUCUUCCUCCUCCACCACAUUAAAUCCCCAGAAACAACCUGGUCGGUUCCUCAUAAAUCUUUUUCAUUUUUUCAGAGAACCAUACAAGAACCAAAGAAUUAUUAUUUUUUUUAAAAAAUGGAGCUUCAAGAGAAAAACUCCACCGACUUUACACAGUUGUUUUCAGUAGAUAUUUCUUCGUUUCUAUGUCGGCGUUACCUAUAUAAACAUCGCUUAAACCCCUUUAACGGGCCAUUUUAUCACUCACCCUUUUCAAAAUUUUCCAUCUUUUGAUCCAAAAAAACUAUAAAGUUUCAAUCUUUGAUCCAUAAAACCACAAAUCAUAUGAACCCAUUUGAUAAAAAUCAAGAAUCUGAUACAAAUACCACACCGUUUUCGACUGAGAUGGACUCUGAAUUUGCUGCGUUUUCACCAAUUUCACUGCCUUUUGCUGAACAAUCUUCACCUUUUAUCAAUUUUGGAUCUUUUCCCACUCCUUUGAGCCAAUACCCAGUUGGAGAAAGAGGAGAAAGAGGAGAAAUUGAAAAGUCAGCUGAGGAAGGAUUGGGUAUGCCGCAGCCUAUGGAGUGUUUACAUGGGACACAAAUUCCGCCAUUUUUGUCAAAGACUUUUGAUUUGGUUGAUGACCCUUUAUUGGAUUCGAUUAUUUCUUGGGGUAGCAAUGGAGAAAGCUUUGUAGUUUGGGAUCCAGUGGAGUUUUCAAGAUUGGUUCUACCCAGGAAUUUCAAGCACAGCAAUUUCUCCAGCUUUGUUCGACAGCUUAAUACAUAUGGAUUUCGCAAAAUUGAUGCGGACAGGUGGGAGUUUGCAAAUGAAGGGUUCUUGAGAGGGAAGAGGCAUUUGUUGAAGAACAUACAGAGGCGAAAAUCACAUCAGACUGGAAGUUCUUCUGGAUCAUCUGCUGAAGCAGGGAAAGGUACAAUGGAUGAGAUAGAGAAACUCAGGAAGGAGAAGAGUUUGAUGAUGCAGGAAGUUGUUGAGUUGCAGCAACAGCAGUGUGGGACGGUUCAACAAAUGGAAUCUGUUAAUGAAAAGCUUCAGGCUGCAGAACAAAGACAGAAGCAGAUGGUUUCAUUCUUGGCCAAGGUGUUUCAGAAUCCCACAUUCUUGUCUCGUGUUCGGCAGAUGAAGGAGCAAGGAGAAAUUAUUUAUCCAAGAACAAUGAGGAAAUUUGUUAAAUAUCAGCCACAUGAUCCGGAUAGAGUGGGGUCGUCUUCCAUGGAAGGGCAGAUAGUCAAGUACAGGUCUGACUUUCAAGACCUUGCAGCAUCCUUUGAGAACCCAGAAUUCAAUCCAGUUGUGGAUCAACAACUUCCAGAAACUGGUUUAGGAGUGGAAGCCAUGCCUUUUGAAGGUGGUACUGUUGUAUCUGAGGGACUGAGAAUGGCACAUGAACUUCUCAAUAGUCCAGAUCGGGACAUAGAAGGAGCUUCAUACUUUAACCCCGAAGACUCUCAUUUCAAAGGGAAGAAUGUAGUUAGUCCUCAAUUAGAAGUUAUGCCCGAGUACUUUGCCUCUUUUCCAGAGGAGAUGCGGAAGGAGAAGAACAUUUCAGGAUUUUCCGCACCAGGUAUUGAAAGUAUGGUGAAAGAAGAAGAACUUUGGAGCAUGGGUUUUGAAGCCAGUGCUGGCAUGCCAAGUACUGGCGCCGAGUUAUGGGGUAGUCUUAGCAGCUAUGUCCCAGACUUCAGUGUUAGCUCUGGUUUGUCAGAUUUGUGGGAUAUAGAUCCCUUGCAGGCAGCUGGAAGUUCUGGGGUCGAUAAGUGGCCAGCUGAUGAGUCUCCUUUUGGUCAGUCUGAGAGCCAUGCCAACCAGCCCAAGAGUGAUAGUUUUUAGGAAAGAGUACCCUUGGGCCUUCAGUGUGCCAUUGGGAUGCUAGCCAUCAUUUAGUUGAUGGAACAUAAUAUUGAAUGAUUGAUUAUAAAUAUUUUAGUUGAUGAUUACUUUCGACUGAUUCUUUUCUUCCAUUCCCCUCUCCUUGAUCUGCUAUUUGUGCUAAACUGUGAAUAUUUGAUGGCAUAAAUUGUAGUUAUUUCAUGCUAACAUAUACUCUUUUAAGUUGUGAAAUGUGCAGGUUUGCAGCGCUGGAGGCUAGUAUGGGACUUCUUUUAGAAUUUGAGACUGGAAUGAGUGAAUGACAUUGCUCUCUCAAGCUUUUCCAGCGCAGUCGAUUCUUUUGUAAUUGCUUGCUUGGAUCUUGUACCCUCAACCAAACCAGUUUUCUUGUGGAGCCUCUGCGUAGGUAAGCAAUGAUGUAUAUCAGAAACAGCUAGCAAAGUCCUGCUCAGGGCUUUUGCUCAAGUCGCAAAGGUUGAGGGAAGUUCAAGCCUUGCAUCAUGCGAACUAAGCCUGAUAUUUAAUUGGAGAAAGGUAGAGGACCAGACCCAUUAUCCCCGAGUUUCGGAGAUUGCGGUUGGUUCUAAAGGUUGGGCCCAGACCAAUUCUCGGUUAUAAACAAAAGAUCCUGCUCCAUUAUUUGAUUUCCCUCAUCUUAUUUGUAUAUUUCUAAAUGUGUAGGAUGUUCUUCAGGAGCAAUCUGAUUAAUAUUUUGUAUCAUGUACUAAUUGAUAUGUUAUCCUGGCAAACCAUUUGACAAGUAUCCCCUGGCUUGUAUUUUGAUGUUGAUGGGGUUCAACCUGUAGAGUAAUAGAAAAACUAAAUUGAAUGUUCUUGCAAGCA